AUGUCCUAUCUAGCAAGAAAAAGUACUGGUUUAACAGGACAAGUAGCUGGUCAAGUUCAAAUUCAUAAAGUUGCUAGAAGAUAUAGCAGUAAUGCUGUAGAAAUAAACAGGCAUAGUAAAAUUAUUACUCAGCCAAAGUCACAGGGAGCUGCUCAAGCAAUGUGUUUAAAAUCUGAGGAUAUGAGUAAAGCACAAGUUGGAAUUUCCAGUGUAUGGUAUGAAGGUAAUCCAUGUAAUAUGCAUUUGUUAGAUUUGGCCAGUAAAGUAAAAGAGGGCGUAAAAGAAGCUGGAAUGAUCGGAUAUAGAUUUAAUACAAUUGGUGUUAGUGAUGGUAUCAGUAUGGGUACGAGAGGCAUGUGUUAUUCGUUACAAAGUAGAGACUUGAUUGCUGAUUCCAUUGAAACUGUUAUGGGAGGACAAUGGUAUGAUGCGAAUAUAGCAUUGCCAGGUUGUGAUAAAAAUAUGCCAGGUUGCUUAAUUGCUAUGGGCCGUCACAAUCGUCCAUCUUUGAUGGUUUACGGUGGUACCAUACGUCCGGGUCAAGGAACAUGUGGACAAGGAAUCUUGGAUGUUGUAUCAGCAUUUCAAUCAUAUGGAUCUUAUGUUUCUGGGAAAAUUACCGAGGAAGAACGACUAGAUAUUAUAAAACAUGCAUGUCCAGGUCCUGGUGCUUGUGGUGGAAUGUACACUGCCAAUACAAUGGCAUCUGCUAUUGAAGCGUUGGGAAUGUCGCUUCCAUAUAGUAGUUCAACACCAGCAGAAUAUCCAGAAAAACAUGAAGAAUGUUUACAAGCUGGCUGGGCUAUUAGAAAUCUAUUAGAAAAUGAUAUUAAACCAAAAGAUAUUAUGACUCGCAAAGCAUUUGAAAAUGCGAUGAUUAUUACAAUGAUAUUAGGUGGUUCUACUAAUGCCGUAUUACAUUUAAUCGCCAUUGCUAAAGCUGUUGACGUAGAAUUAAAUUUAGAUGAUUUUCAAAAGAUUAGUGAUAAAAUUCCAUUUUUGGCUGAUUUAAAACCAAGUGGAAAAUACGUUAUGGAAGAUGUGCACAAGAUCGGAGGAGUACCAGCCAUAUUAAAAUACUUGCUAGAAAAUAAUUUAAUUCAUGGAGAUACAUUAACUGUAACAGGAAAAACGUUGGCAGAAAAUUUAUCAAAUGUCCAAAUACUUUCAUUUACAGACCAAGAUGUCGUUCAUCCGUUAUCAAAACCAAUAAAACAAACAGGGCAUAUACAAAUUUUACGUGGUAAUUUAGCUCCUGAAGGUUCUGUAGCAAAAAUUACUGGUAAGGAAGGUUUAGUAUUUGAGGGUAUUGCAAAAGUUUUUAACGGCGAAGAUGAUAUGUUGAAAGCGUUCGAACAAGGUGAAAUCAUAAAAGGGCAGGUUAUUAUUAUUAGGUAUGAAGGACCUCAAGGUGGUCCUGGAAUGCCUGAAAUGCUUACACCUACAAGUGCUAUCAUGGGUGCAGGUCUUGGACAAGAUGUUGCUCUAUUGACGGAUGGUAGAUUUUCUGGUGGUAGUCAUGGAUUCAUUAUCGGGCAUAUAACACCAGAGGCACAGUUAGGAGGUCCAAUUGCUUUGGUAAAAGAUGGUGAUAGAAUUAUCAUUGAUGCCGAAAAGAAAUAUAUUAAUGUUGAUAUAAGCGAAGAAGAAUUUGCGAAUAGACGUUCUUCAUGGAAAGCGCCACCUUAUAAAGCUACUAAAGGCACUUUAUAUAAAUACAUCAAGAGUGUCAAAACUGCAACUGAGGGUUGUGUAACUGAUGAAUAA